GCGCGAGCCUCGGCAGCCCGGAACCGGCCUUGGACCGGCGGCGAAGUCUGAGGCGGCUGGCGCUCCCGCCCCAUGGAGCGGCCCCCGGGGCUGCGGCCGGGCGCGGGCGGCCCCUGGGAGAUGCGGGAGCGGCUUGGCACCGGCGGCUUCGGGAACGUCUGUCUGUACCAGCACCGGGAACUUGAUAUCAAAAUAGCAAUUAAGUCUUGUCGCCUGGAGUUAAGUACCAAAAACAGAGAACGCUGGUGCCAUGAAAUCCACAUGAUGAAGAAGUUGGACCAUCCAAAUAUCGUAAAGGCCUGCGAUGUUCCUGAGGAACUGAAUUUUUUAAUUAAUGAUGUGCCUCUUCUGGCAAUGGAGUACUGUUCUGGAGGAGAUCUCCGGAAGCUACUCAACAAACCAGAAAAUUGUUGUGGACUUAAAGAAAGCCAGAUACUUUCUUUACUGAGUGACAUAGGAUCUGGGAUUCGAUAUUUGCAUGAAAACAAAAUUAUACAUCGAGAUCUAAAACCUGAAAAUAUAGUUCUUCAAGAUGUUGGUGGGAAGAUAUUACAUAAAAUAAUUGAUUUGGGUUAUGCCAAAGAUGUUGAUCAAGGAAGUCUCUGUACAUCUUUUGUGGGAACAUUACAGUAUUUGGCUCCAGAGCUCUUUGAAAAUAAGCCAUACACAGCCACUGUGGAUUAUUGGAGCUUUGGGACCAUGGUAUUUGAAUGUAUUGCUGGAUAUAGGCCUUUUUUGCAUCAUCUGCAGCCAUUUACCUGGCAUGAAAAGAUUAAGAAGAAAGAUCCAAAGUGUAUAUUUGCUUGUGAAGAGAUGACAGGAGACGUUCGGUUUAGUAGCCAUUUACCUCAACCAAACAACCUUUGUAGUUUAAUAGUAGAGCCCAUGGAAAGCUGGCUACAGUUGAUGCUGAAUUGGGACCCACAGCAGAGAGGGGGACCUAUUGAAACUACUUCGAAGCAGCCAAAAUGUUUUGUGUUAAUGGAUCACAUUCUCAACUUAAAGAUAGUGCACAUCCUAAAUAUGACUUCUGCGAAAAUCGUUUCUUUUCUGUUGCCAUGUGAUGAAAGUUUUCAUUCACUGCAGUCUCGUAUUGAGCGUGAAACGGGAAUCAAUACCGCUUCCCAAGAGCUUCUGUCUGAGACAGGGAUUUCUCUGGAUCCUCGGAAACCAGCCUCUCAAUGUGUUCUCGAUGGAGUUAGAGGCUGUGAUAGCUACAUGGUUUAUUUGUUUGAUAAAAGUAAGACUGUAUAUGAAGGACCAUUUGCAUCCAGAAGUUUAUCUGAUUGUGUAAAUUAUAUUGUUCAAGACAGCAAGAUACAGCUUCCAAUUAUACAGCUGCGUAAAGUAUGGGCUGAAGCAGUGCACUAUGUAUCUGGGCUAAAAGAAGACUACAGCAGGCUUUUUCAGGGACAAAGAGCAGCAAUGUUAAGUCUUCUUAGAUAUAAUGCUAACUUGACAAAAAUGAAGAAUACUUUGAUCUCAGCAUCACAACAACUCAAAGCUAAAUUGGAGUUUUUUCACAAAAGCAUUCAGCUUGACUUGGAGAGAUAUAGUGAGCAGAUGACUUAUGGGAUAUGUAAGUGUCUGGCUAUAAUGUAUUUGCCCAGGAUGUGGGUCUGGGUGGUAGCCAAGCUGAUUGGUCCUGGCCGUUGGGUUGGUGUCAUUGGAUACCUUGAGGAUCAGAUUAUGUCUUUGCAUACUGAAAUCAUGGAGCUUCAGAAGAGCCCCUAUGGAAGACGCCAGGGAGACUUAAUGGAAUCUCUGGAACAGCGUGCCAUUGAUCUCUAUAAGCAGUUAAAGCACAGACCUACAGAUCACUCCUACAGCGACAGCACAGAGAUGGUGAAGAUCAUUGUGCACACUGUGCAGAGUCAAGACCGUGUUCUCAAGGAGCUGUUUGGUCACCUGAGCAAGUUGUUGGGCUGUAAGCAGAAGAUUAUUGAUCUACUCCCCAAGGUGGAAAUUGCCCUCAGUAACAUCAAAGAAGCUGACAAUACUGUCAUGUUUAUGCAGGGAAAGAGGCAGAAAGAAAUAUGGCACCUCCUUAAAAUUGCCUGUACACAGAGUUCUGCCCGCUCUCUUGUAGGAUCCAGUCUAGAAGGCACAGUAACCCCUCCAGCAUCAGCAUGGCUUCCCCAUAUGUUACCAGAACGCGACCGUCCUCUGACAUGUGUGGUAACUCCUCGCGAUGGAGGGACGUUAACACAAAUGAUAGAAGAAAAUCUGAACUGUCUUGGCCAUUUAAGUACUAUUAUUCGUGAAACAAAUGAGGAACAGAGCAGUAGCAUGUCGAGUCUUGAUUGGAGUUGGUUAACAGAAUGACUCGCCAUUUGUUCACUGUCCUCAAGCCUAUGACAGUUGUUUCUGCGCAUGUUCGACAUUCACCUUUGCCCACUGAAGCCGUUCUUCACACACCAGUCAGCAGAGGAGACUAUGAAUGACUUUACAAGCACAGUAUCUUGAUUCUUUUGUAAUGAUUGUGACCUCUGAACAGACAGAAUUUUAUUACAGACUAAUGAAGUUAAUUAUUUUUAACACUGCCGCUAUCUAGAGAGAUCAUUAGUAACCUGCUUAUCUUUAAAAUUGACAAAAUACUACUUGUUUAACUGAUUAAAUAUAUACAUAUUUUAAAGACAGGGUUUCUCUGUGUAACAGCUUUGACUGUCCUGGAUCUUGCUUUGUAGACCAGGCUGGCUUCGAACUCACAGAGAUCCACCUGCUUCUCUCUUGAGUACUGAGAUUAAAGGCCUGCACCACAACUGCCAAGUCCAGUGUUCAUUUUAAGUAAAAGUUGCCUACUCAUGUUUCUGUGGAAGAGACUGCCCACAAGUAAAAUUGUUUCCUGAAGACUAGCCUGUCUCCUUGUGUUGUUCUUAGGAAGUGCUCUACCUGGCUUCAUAAGAGAGUUAGAUGAAUUCCAUCUCUAACCACACAUGUAAUAGUGUCAUCUUCUUAAUAAGGGAUUGCACAUGUGUGCCUUUGAUAUUGACUGACCGUAAUGAAUUGUAUUGUAUUCUGUAUGUAUAUGUAUUUAAGGUGUACAUUUAAUAAUAUGAAAGAGGAGAUGCCUGUUAAUUUAUAAUGUAUUUGAAGGUUGUAUGUUUUUGCAUUUGUAAAAAUGGGUCACUUGUUUAAACAAUCUUUUGUGUUUUGUCAUACAAGUUUUAAAAGUUUGCAUUCCUUUAUUUGUAAUUAUACUCUCAAAAUCCAAGAAGUUCUGAAAACAAGGUUUUCCUAAGCUUGGUAACAAAAUUCAUUUGCUUCUGGAUCUAUUCUGACUUGACACUGAAUCUGUUUAUCCCAUUUUGUGUGAAUGUUCAUUUAUUUUACUACAUAAAUAUUAAUGUGUUUGAUUACUGGGGGUGCUGCCACAAACUCUUUUGUGAGGGUUGAUGCAGUAUGGUAUAUGCACUGAAUGACCUUUCUAAAAUCUGAAAAUUUCAUAAUUCUGAAACAUCUAGACUUAGGGGUUUCAGAUAAAAGAUUGUGGAUUUCUGCCUUCUGUUAAAUAAUUUAGAAGGUGUUAUUUUGUUUAAAAAUGUGAAAUGCUUUUAUAUCCUAGUUUUUCACUUUGCAUAUUAAAUGAUUUUAAAAUUG